UGCAACUGAUAUAAGAAGCAACACACAGCUCUUUAGACUUUGCUCCUGUCUGGAGUAUAAAGGACAUAGUGUUUCUCCGCUCAUUUUGUCUGCAAGGGGACUGUGGAUCUAGCCUGUGACCUUGUGAUGUUUCCCCUGAGUAUCUCACCUGCAGCAGGUAAGGGAACACAUAGGGACAAGAGCCUGGAGCAGCACCAACAGACAUGGAUCAGGUAGCUGAAUCCAGACCAUCCAGCUGGCAGGUUAUGAUGCUACCUUAUGGGAGAGAUAAUCCAGUACAAUGCUGUCAAUCCACAGGAGGAGGAAGACUCUUGCAGCCACCACCUUUUUCCGUCAGCCAUAGCAUCCCAGUUUUACAGAUGAAUCUGAAAACUAGAGAAUAUUUGUUCCCCACUGUCAGUUCUAACCUUGAGCACUUCCCCCCUGGCUCCUCAGGGAGGCUGGCAGAAAGCAUGGAGAGCCAUGAAAUCAACACUGAUUUUUCCAAGAUGUGGAACCCCUACUCAUGUUGGGAUGAAGUAGAGAAACCAGCCCUUGGUAAAUGUGCAAGAACUAGAUCCAUCCUUAUUUCCUUUCUCAAGGUCCCCUUGAUGUUUGCCUUUUUAUACCUGUUUGUGUGCUCCCUUGAUGUGCUGAGCUCUGCUUUCCAGCUGGCAGGAGGUAAAGUAGCUGGAGAUAUUUUCAAGGACAAUGCUAUCCUCUCUAACCCAGUGGCAGGGCUUGUGGUAGGAGUCCUUGUUACUGUCCUUGUACAAAGUUCCAGCACCUCCAGCUCCAUCAUUGUGAGCAUGGUUUCCUCAGGAUUGCUGGAGGUAGGUUCAGCCAUCCCCAUCAUCAUGGGCUCCAAUAUAGGGACCUCAGUCACCAACACCAUUGUGGCACUUAUGCAAGCUGGCGACAGAAAUGAAUUUAAGAGGGCCUUUGCAGGGGCCACCGUGCAUGACUGCUUCAAUUGGUUGUCAGUACUGAUUCUGCUGCCUCUGGAAGUGGCCAGUGGCUAUCUGCACCACAUCACCAAAGUUUCCGUGGCAACUCUCAACCUGCGCAGUGGACGGGAUGCUCCAGAGCUCCUGAAAGUAAUCACGGAGCCCUUCACUGGCCUUAUUGUCCAGCUGGAUAAGUCAGUGAUCACAGGGAUUGCCACAGGCAAUGAAAGUUUGCACAACAAAAGUCUGAUUCGGAUGUGGUGUGAAGCGCCAGCUCCACAGGUUUCUUCAGCAGGCACAAGAGGAAUAUCCCUAAACUGCAGCUCCCUUAUACCAAACAGUCUGGAAAGUGCUGGAAACUUCAGCAGUGUCAUGACACAGAAAUGCAAUCACCUGUUUGUGGACUCCUCUCUGCCAGACUUGGCUGUGGGACUCAUGUUGCUGGCUGGAUCCCUGACUGUACUGUGCACCUGUCUUAUGAUGUUAGUCAAACUGUUGAACUCUGUGCUCAAAGGCCAGGUGGCCAGCGCUAUCCAGAAGGUCAUUAACACAGAUCUUCCAUCACCUUUUGGAUGGGCCACCGGUUACUUUGCCAUGCUUGUUGGUGCUGGGAUGACGUUUGUUAUGCAAAGUAGCUCUGUCUUCACUUCAGCAAUUACCCCUCUCAUAGGUCUUGGGGUGAUCAGCUUAGAACGUGCGUAUCCCCUCACCCUGGGUUCUAACAUUGGAACUACAACCACGGCUAUCCUAGCAGCCCUGGCCAGUCCAGGGGAUAAAUUGGCCAGUGCCUUGCAGAUUGCUCUCUGCCACUUCUUCUUCAACAUCUCUGGGAUUUUGCUGUGGUAUCCCCUGCCUUGUACUCGCCUCCCAAUCCGCAUGGCUGAAGCAGUAGGUGAGCAGACAGCCAAGUAUCGCUGGUUUGCCGUCUUCUAUCUGAUUAUCUGCUUCCUCUUGUUGCCGUCGCUGGUUUUCGGGCUCUCUGUGGCAGGAUGGCAGGUGCUGGUAGGCGUGGGAGCUCCAUUCCUGAUUCUUCUAGCUUGUGUGGCCAUUAUCAACAUCAUGCAGGCACAGAGCCCUGACCGGCUGCCCAGGUGGCUUCAGAAUUGGGACUUCUUGCCAUACUGGCUUCACUCUUUGGAGCCCUUGGAUGGGCUAAUGACCCGAGCCACAGUGUGUUGUGCUGCUCAUUGUUCGGGUAGCCAAGAGGAAUGUAAAAAGAAAUCGCCAGGAGUUCAUGUCAGAAGAGGCUUGCCGAAGCCUUCUGUUGUCUUCUUAGAGGAAUGGUCCCCGCCACCAAGACUCUCACCCCAGCUGAACAUCCUGCCAGUGCAGCAUGCUAGCCGCCUGUGAUUUGUGCUAGAACACAGCUCUGUUGCGGCCUGCGGACAGUGGUGCUCAGCAGACAAGCAAUAAUAUAAAGAAAAAACACGACAAGAAAUGGCAUCAAUGCAAAUACUGGAGUUUGUGCUGAUGGCUGCCCUCAUCACUGCAGCUCUGUCAUUGCCACGUGUGUAUGUCAGCCAAUAUAGGUUUAUGUCUCAUUGGGCAGAGCUUUUCAUAGGAAAUACGCCUAUAACUAGCAUUUGAUAAUCACUGUGCAUAUCGUUUUGUUAUGAACAUCAAAGAACGAAUGCAAAAUCAUCAGCGUAGGGACUACUUACAUACAAUGCAGGAGAGGUUAUAGUGCUUAUAAUGUAACAGAACCCCCAGUGGUGGGAUUCAGUCAGUUCGCACCAGUUCAGCAGAACCGGUAGCUAAUUUUUUGUUGUCCAGGCCCAGAAUGGACUUCCAGAAACAGCAUCCACACAGAGAACCGGUUAUUCACAUAUUUGAAUCCCACCAUUGAGAACCCCCAUUCUCGAUUGCCCGUAGCAUCUAUGUAACAGGAGUUCCAUAUAUUCAGUAGUUAUUUUGUAGCAGAACUGUAGGUCUCCCUGAGUAGUGUUGUCUCAAUGUACAACACAUUUGCAGAAUUACACAUAAGGGUGCUUAGAAGAUUUUUUCCUUUUAACUUGACAAACAGAUCCUCACAUCAUCUCAAAAUCAUAUAUGUGCUAAUUGAAACUGAUGAGAAUUGGAAGCAAAAACCAUCUAAAGGUUGUUUGAGCCUGUACUCCAUUUUAUAGUAUUGUCUUAAUAGAUGCAGACCAUCAGAUUCUUUAUGAGCAAGAAAGUAAUAUAUAGUAAUAGUCCCUAUACAGUAAUAAUUUUGGAAUAGCUAAGAAACAGAUGCUACAUUUGCACUGCUUAUAUUUCUGCUAGGAGGUAGUUAUAAAUCACUUCAAUUUGGGUUCCAGAAAAAUUAUAGAAAUAGAACUGGGGAGACAUUUGUUUCUGUAGUUUUUACUAUAUAAUUAUUCUUAUAAUUUUCAUUAUUUCAGUGAAAAUCCAGAUUGUGAAGGAUUUGAUGUGUAUUAUUUAUAAAAUCUGAUACAAUAUUCUUUUGGCUGCUGCUGAAUCUCAGCUGAGUUGAACCAAUACUAUGAUGCAAUCAGCAACUAGCAGUCUAAAAUCGGAGCCAUUUCCUUUGAUUUUUAAGUUUUUAAGAUUAGAAAAUCCUAUGUUAACAGAGAAUCUGAUCACAUAAGAAAAUGCUUUGGAGGAGAGGGAGUAAAUCUACCCCGUUAGCAGAAUCUGAAUUCUGUAGUUUGGUGCAGACCCUGAACAUGGUUUGAAUUAGGAGUGCAGCCACCACUUUGGAUGUUUUGCUUGCUGUUUAUUUUUUUUUAAAUUGCAAGCAGUAGCAACUUUCUAAUCUUCCCUGAAUCUCCUCCAUAUCUCAUGUUCACAUAUAUUUUAUGAUUAUGUCACCAGAAUGUGCACUGUGUCACUUCUGCCUUUGCAUUAGCACACAAUCCCAGGACACCUUGUGUUUCUGCUUCUGUCAAGUUUGAAUUUGCAGAGUUUCUUUCAGGCUUGUGUCCCCCGUUGCAUAAUUUGAGCAUCCAGAUGUGUUUCUAAGUCACUACUUCAAAAAUAAAAUUCACUGAUAAAUCUG